AUGAAACUGACUGCGGUGGAUGGCGACACACCAUUUCUUCCGGAAGAAAUCAUCAGAAACAUUCUCACACGGCUUCCUGUGAAAUCCCUAAUCCGAUUUCAAUGUGUCUGCAAGCACUGGAAAAAACUCAUCAAGACCGACUCUGUCAUCACAGAACGCUUGCACCACUCCACUAAUGAAAACCCCUUGCUUCUUUUGCAGUCGGACUUCAGGUGUGAUCCUCUGCACUUGUAUAUGCUCAAUUAUGAGAUGCAGGUUCUUGAAAUUCAGUCGUCGCCUAUGGUAGAUUCCUUACGGUAUGCUAGGAUCGUUGGUUGCAGCAACGGCUUGCUCUGUGUUAGCACUGGUUAUGGUGCACCACUUCCUUUUCUUCCUUCCCUUUUCUUGUGGAAUCCUGCCACCAGAGAGAUUAGACAGGUGCCAAGAAUUAUGCACGACGAUAUUGAUUCUAAUUAUGAUUUAUUCGCAUUUGGGUUCAGUCCAAUUGUUAAUGAUUACAAGAUAGUGGUAUCUCAUGAAACUGCGUUUGAUUCUGAGGAUGAUCUAGUAGUAGAAGUGUAUUCAUUGAAUACAGGGUCAUGGAGGAGUUUGGUGGGGUGUCUCUUCAUCUUUUUCCAAUCAAUGUUCGUGGAGCUAUUUUUUGGUAUGGGGAUAGGAUCGUUGAGCUUGGUGGUUUGGGUAAAGAUGAUGUUAUUGAAUGGAUAA